GGCGGGUGCUGCCACACUCUCACCGCGCUUGCGCGCGAGGGCAGCGGCCUGUGCCUCUCUACGCGCUUCGAGAGGAGGAGACGACGUAUGCACCUUGGGAGCGCGCUUGGGGUAGCCCCUCCUGCCUUGGUUCCCCCUCCUUCCCUUUGCUCAGGACCGGGUGGAGCGCAGGCGCAGUGCGAGGCCCCGAGUCCGGGGAAGCGGCGCGAGCGCCGUAGCUAGCAGCGAGGGCAGCCGAGGCGAAGGCGGAGAAGAGCGAGCGCGUCGUCCUCGAGGCGGCGGCGGAGGCUGCUGCUGUCAUCCUUUUGCAAAGGCCGGGCGGCGCAGGGCAGGCUCCAGGGCUGCGUUGCAUUGCUCCGCAUAGGAUUGCUCUCCGGAGCCUCAGGCCUUUCUGCAGCAAUCGCCCUCUCCCCUCCCCUUUCUCCCAAGGAGCAACGCCCCCAUCGGACUUCUAAAUCUCCCAUUCCAUCUCUAUUAUUAUUAUUAUUAUUAUUUUAUUAUUAUUAUUAUUAAGCAAGCGUGAGAAAGUGGGCCCGCAGACUGCACAUACCUUCCUUAUCCGCCCACCCCCUCCACCCCAGCGGCAGGGUCCUUUUUGCACGCCUCUUUCCAUCUUCUGCCGGAGCUGCUGUGGCGCCCCCUUUUUUCAUUGCCAUCAACCGUGGCCCCCAUGGCUUGCAGCGUCGCACUCCGUCUCCAGCUGUGAACGCCCCCCUUUUCCCGCAUUGACGGCCGGAGGUUAGGGAACAGCGCCUCAAAGUUGGCCCUGCCUUGAACCUGUCCAUUCCUGGAUCUAGCCUUUCCACUCCUUGGGAGCUGUUGCUUGCAGAGCAUCGUUUUUUGUUAUUAGGGCCAAACAGCAUCUGCUGAUGCUCCCUUCCCUCCAUCGCCCCAGUUUCCUUAAGCAGCUGUAACCCUCCUUUUCCUCUGAGCCCCUUCUCCCCAGUAUAGGGUUAGUCAUCUUCUGCCAGCAGACCCUUUAUGUGCAAGGAUCCCCAUCGCCUGUGGCUUCCUUGUAUUGCUUUGGUAACUGUUUUUUAGCCAAACAAGCCGAGAUUGCAUUGCGGCCUCUGCAAGUUUGCUCUGCCUUCACAGUGUCAGGCAAGUCUCCAGGCUGGAGAACCUGAAUUGACAGCCAUCCCAAGGUGCUCCUUGCCCCUUACUGUUCUUCCCUCAUUGGCAUCGCUUUAGCUCUCUGGGGUGCCACCUCUCCCCGACAUCGCAAUGAGCUUCUUUGGAUUUGGACAGAGCGCGGAGUUGGACUUGGUACUGAGCGACGCAGAGAGCAGGCGCCGGGCAGAGCAUAAGACUGAGGAAGGCAAAAAGGAGAAAUAUUUCCUCUUCUAUGAUGGCGAGACAGUUUCGGGGAGGGUCAUCCUCACCCUCAAGCACCCGAACAAACGGCUGGAACACCAAGGAAUCAAGGUGGAGUUCAUUGGACAAAUUGAGCUGUAUUACGACCGAGGGAACCACCACGAAUUCGUGUCCCUCGUGAAGGAUUUGGCCCGUCCUGGAGAGUUCACCCAAUCGCAAACCUUUGACUUUGAAUUCACACAUGUUGAAAAACCAUACGAGUCCUACACUGGGCAGAACGUGAAGCUAAGGUACUUCCUCCGUGCCACUGUAAGCCGCAGAAUGAAUGAUGUGGUGAAGGAGAUGGACAUUGUUGUACACACACUUAGCACGUACCCAGAACUUAAUUCCUCCAUCAAAAUGGAGGUGGGGAUUGAAGACUGCCUACACAUUGAGUUUGAGUACAAUAAAUCCAAAUACCAUUUAAAAGACGUGAUUGUUGGGAAGAUCUACUUCCUCCUAGUGCGGAUCAAGAUCAAACACAUGGAGAUUGACAUCAUCAAGAGGGAGACCACAGGGACUGGGCCCAACGUUUACCACGAAAAUGAUACAAUAGCUAAAUACGAGAUCAUGGAUGGGGCACCCGUCAGAGGGGAGUCCAUCCCCAUCAGGCUCUUCCUCGCUGGCUACGAGCUGACGCCAACCAUGAGGGACAUCAAUAAGAAGUUCUCAGUGCGCUAUUAUCUCAACCUGGUGCUGAUUGACGAGGAGGAGCGGCGCUAUUUUAAACAGCAGGAGGUGGUGUUGUGGCGGAAGGGAGACAUCGUGAGGAAGAGCAUGUCCCAUCAGGCUGCCAUUGCCUCUCAGCGGUUCGAAGGCACGUCCUCCCAGACGGAGAGCAGAACGCCAAGCCAGCCUUCAGAGAAUAACGGCCAGCAGUGAGAAGCCUUAUGGGUCGAGGGGUUCCAGAGAGCUUCCGUGGCCAAGGCUUGCAGAUGUGGACGAGGAAGGAGAAUGCAGAACGAAUCUUUCACCAGAGACUUGCAAACACAAAUUGUCUGUCGGGGGUGUGUGCGUGCUUUUGUUUUUCCUUUAUUCCUUUUCUCCUGAGGACUAGUAACUUAACAGGAUGGGGAAGGGGGGCGACAGACAUGACAGCAACCAGGUCUGCCUCCCUCUGCAUUUAAAUAUUCCUUGGGAGUGGGUUGGAAGCUGGGUCAUGUGUUUUUAAAGCAGGAGAGGAAUGAUGGUGGAAAUGAUGUGUUGGUAUUCUCAGACAUGAUGCUAAAAGCAUCCCCCUCCCAAAUGUAAAGACCCCGCCCCCCCAUCCGAUUUGUACAUUUGCAUUUUUUUAAUGAAACGUUCUCCCAUAUUCUCUUCCUCAAUGGCAUUAUUCAUAUGCACAUAUAAAUAGCACCAGAGAGGCUGAAAGCACAUGUAGUAUUCACGUGUGAAAACAUCCUUUGUCUAGUGUUUCCUAAGCUCACGAAAGCUGAAUGAAAAUUUGGGAGUCUAGCUUCAUACUUAACACCUCAAAGCAUUUUAUUUUUAAGGUCUGUGGAAGGAAGAAUGGCCUACCCUUGGAGAAGGCCACCCUCUGUUCCUGGAUGAGUCUUUGUUCUGAGUGCACCUCCUGAUUGGAAGAAAGUGGGUGUAGAACAGCACCUCUUGCAGAGACACAGGGGGCAACUUCUUCCGAGGGCAGGCAUCUGAGUAUUUGCAUCGGCUGUGAUUUGAAUGAGCCGGUCACACCUGACUGGAAAGAGGCGGGGCUAGUAAAUGGGGCAGAGAGGCAAGCAGGAACCGCUGUGGCUAGCUAAGUACAUUGGGCCCACAGCAGACUUUAAUUUCAGGGUUGGAGAAAUCAUCCGUGGCCUUCCUGAUGCUGUUAAGUUCCAACUCUCCAGCCAGCCUGGCCAGUGGUCAGAGUUGAUGGGAGUUGUGGUGCGAUAACAUGUGGGGGGCACAGCUUCCCCAUCAUCUGUUUAUUUAUUAAUUUGGCUUGCUGAUUGUGGCACGGGGCUUGGGCAUGUUUACCUUCAGUCUUUCAGGUUUGUUAGCUGAACUGGGCAGCAGCCAUCCUGCUGUCCAGGAUAGGCUUUACUGGACCAUCCUGAAGGAUCCUUCAUUUUCCACCAAGGAAAGAGCAGGGGUGAGAAGCAAAUCCCAACAGUUUGUGUGUGUGUGUGUGUGUGUGUGUGUGUGAGAGAGAGAGAGAGAGAGAGAGAGAGAGAGAGAUUCCCUGCUUCAGUUAUAGCCCCCCCUUUUUUAAAAAAUAGCAGCCCUGACCCCGCUAGCAUUCUCCUAUUCUCCCAGCUGCUUCCAGGCACUCUGUUGCUGUUUCAAAAGCUGCUGAAUCAGCACAGUCCCCUCCUUCCGUGAGACAAAAAAUGGAAGCAACAAAAGGCCGCAGUGAGCCCAAGAACCCCAAAUCUAGAGAGGCUUCUGAAUUCCCUCCCUCCAGGGGUAGGCAAUGCUUGUUGGAUCAUCCAGUCUCUCCUAACACAAUGUGGAAUAACCUGCCUUCCCAAGGUACCGUCUCCAAAAGUGUUGGCUUUCCCAUGGAGCUACUUUGUUACUGAAGCCAAGGUAUCUGUUGGCCUAUCUAAGCCAGCAAGUGUCAGCUGUGGCUGUCAAUGGCUCCCAACGUUUCUGGCACAGAGAGGUCUUCCUUGGCCGUCUGAUGCUUUAACCAGGAAGGUGAAAGUAUGAACUGUUUGUAAACUUGUACAGUAGGGCCCAAUCAAACGGCGGGUUACUUUCUGGACCCCCGCCAAAAAGCGAAAACCGCUGAAAAGGAACUCAUUGAAUGGUGCGUGAUGCCCGAAAACCGCCAUAAAAGCGGAACAAGCGCCGUAUGAGUGGGGCUUUAGUCUAAUUGCAUCUAAUUGAGACUGCUGCAUUAGCAAAGCGCCGUAAAGUGGGGCCCUACUGUACCUUGGGAUUAGAUGCCUGAGAAGCACUGGUUAGAAUUGGGCUGCUUUUCCCGAAGUCCCAGAGGGUCUGUCCCCUGGAGAGCUUGCCAUGUAACAGGUGUGGGGAACCUUUGGCCCUCCAGAUGUUGCUGGACUAUAAUUCCCAUUGUCUCUGGCCAUUGGCCAUACUUGCUGGGGCUGAUGGGAGUUGUAGUUCAGCAAUAUCUGGAGGGUCACAGGUUCCCCACACCUGGCCUAUAACCUGAAAAGAUCACGUCCCCUUGAGACAAACAUCACCUUCCCCCAAAACACGAACUAGCAUAAGCUUCGACGUUUACCUGAACAUUUAAAAUGGACAGAGAUAAAUAAAUGUGUAUUGUUCUGUAAGAAUGGUUAACCUUUUUUUGUUAGUUUUCACCAUUGAGAUAGGCUAAGGAUAAUAACCAGUCACUUUCCUUCAAGCUCCAUGUUAUGAUAAAUAUGCCCUUUCUUCUGCAGAGACGGGCUUAAUAGUGAAUGUUAGUUCUAGAUAUUUAGAAAUUUGCCCGUCAAGCCCCUCUCCCUCCAAAACAAACCAUUUACCUGUAAUUUAAUAGCAUAGUAAAUAUUUGUCUGAUCUGCCUUCUGACUUGAGCACUUUAGGAAUGUUACUUUUAAGCUUCCCUUCUGUGAAACAACAAAAAAAUAUAUAUCUGCACCUUCAUUUUGUUAAAAUAUGGCUUCCAACCAUACUCCAGGAAUAUUCAGGUCUCAUUUAAACAGUUCUUAUUCUUGAUGUUAGGGUUACAGUUACAUCUAUGCUGAGAUUUCACAGGACCUCCAUCAAAGCUCUGGAGGAGAUGACAAUUUCAACUUUUAUUUUAGAAAGGAGCCAGGUUGUUAGGUCGUGUGGAUGCAAUGGAUGAAAAUGUGCUUGUGCCGAUGACAUUUCAGAAGGCAGCAUGAAUAAAGCAUCCAUUAGCCUGCAUAACUCUUCCCAUGACUAGCAAAACCAGAAUAAACUGCAAAAUUUUGAACAAUCUGUAGAUUAAAUGUGUUUGCAUCAUUGAUGCAGGAUAUACACUUCCACUUUUCUCGGGGCAGCAACCUAGACUGCCUAUAUGCAGAGCUCUUGCCUCCAUAUAGGGUAUUUAACUGAAAAUGCUUCACCUAUUCAAGAUUCCCAUUCCAAAAUCCAGUGAAAAUAAUUCUCUGAACAAUCCAACCUUUACAUCAGGGAUGUGGAACCUUUGGCCCUCCAGAUGUUUCUGGACAUCAUCUCCCAUCCUCCUUGACCAUGUUGCCUGGGGCUUAUGAGAGUUGGAGUCCAGCAACAACUAGAGGGCACCAGGCUUCAGAGGCUCACUGGUUGCCACUUCCUACUCAUUGAACACUUUGCACCUCUCUUCUCACGUAUGAAAGCCAAGAAUACUGUGUAAAUAGAAAGCUACCCUCUCCUUCCCCCCCAGACUGAAGCAAAAGGCAAUUGCGUUGGGUCCUCAAAGGAGAGAGAUCAUACAUUGGCUCUCACCGCAAAGCAGGCUGGGUAUUAAUGCUAUGUUUACACUGCCCUUCUUGAGCUCCUCAUUCAGGUGUGACUGUCUUUCCUGUGCCGGAGCAGCAGUGAAACUAUCUCCUUGAUAACUUUAACCAGAAGUUGGUGAUCAUUCAGCCAUUCAUCUCCACCUUAACAGACACUGGUUGUUCAACAUAACAAGGCUGUCUUCUGCUCACUAUUUAGGAAAUUCUUAGCUAUGUAAUUAUUGCUAUUUGCUCUGGAGGUGUAAAAUGAGGAAUGUGAUUUUGGAAAAGAGCAAAUGUUUUCCAGUUGCACAUAUUGGGCAAUGGCUACUCUGAAGUGAAAUGCAAACAGACGUCCUUGACUGAUGAAUUCUUAAGUUUUUUUUUAAAGGUGGGAAACCUGUUUCCUCCAGAUGUUGCUAGACCACAACUCUCAGCAUCCCUGCCUAUUGGCUAUGCUAACUGGGGCUGAUGGGAGUUGGGAGUCCAAUGACAUGUGAAAGGCCACAGGUCCCCCACCCGUUAUAAAAAGUCAUACCAUGUGCUUGUAUUGUCUGUGGGCUAGUGCUUCCUAAGCUUUACUGUAUUAAGGCUGCUGUCUAGUCUGUCUGCUCUUUAUUGGACCGUUGCAUUUUGUUAACCUUACCAACUACAUGAGGGGAUGCUUGGAAGCUUCUCUGCAUUUUAACUCACAGGGUAAGAGGUUUGUUUUCUGGCCCAGGAAUCAAACACAGCUGUUUUCCAAGCAGUGUGCAUGCCCUGCUUCCACAGAAGCGCAAAGCCCAGGAUGUGGUAGCAGGUGCAGAACCAUGUUUCUUGACAACUUAAGCUUUCAUUGUAAAAAGAGAAGUUGGAAAGAUACACUUCAAACUGUGGUACCAGUCUAUGGAGAGAUCGCAGCUGUGAGAGGGGUGGCCAAAUCAGGGUUUUUUUUUCGUUUCGCAGACAGGGCGUGAGAGCCAUGCAUAACUCUUUUCUCUAUGACUAGGAGGAAUAAAUUAUGCAAAAUAUUUUGCUGCUUUUGCAUAAUUUUAUACAGAUGACACUGGUUGUCCAGUUUAGAACAUCUUUUGGUUGUGGGGAACCUUUUUGGCCCCAUGGGUCAGAUCCUUAUCUCCUCCUCACCUUGCAGGCCAACUUUGACAGGAGGGCAAGACCAGUAACCUGGCAAUCAUCUGAUGUUAUAGUUAAAUCAGGUGAUUGGCAGGCAGGUUGUCCUGCCCACCUAUCAGAGGGGUGGCAGGAGAUAGCCGGACCAAACAGGCUUCACAUCUCCAAUUAGCUGAUGGGCCAGGUAUGUGUGUUCAGUACUGCUUUCUGCAAGGAUAGGCUUCAUGCAAGAGUUCCCCAAGGGGAACUUGCUGGUGCAGCUGAACCAAGCAAGACUGAAUCCCCCCUCCACUGCCCAUCAGCUGAUGUCACCUGAUUAACGGGUCGGUGCGGUUUCAGUAGAACAGCCUCACGGGCUAAAUUGCAACCCCUGAUGUGCCAGUAGUGGCCCAAGCUAGAGGUCCAUAGUUAUUUUAUUUAUUAAGGCACAUUGUAUACUUCAGGCUUCUAACUCUCCAUUACAUUCCCACCUCAAGCUCAGUUUCUAUCAGACCUUCUCAGAGUAGCAUCCAUGUUCAUUUUGCACCUGGUCAUUCCUGGGAAAAAGCCAUGUUUAAUAUUCAUCUCCAGGGUGAGACACCACAGAAGGAAAACAAAAUCCCAAGCAGAGCUAUCAGAGCAGCUGCAAAGACCACCCAUGAUGGUCUGGCUGCCCUGUGCCAGAAGGUUCCAGGGUGGGGUAAGGGAGUCCACAGGUACUAAAUUAAGCUGUGCAGCUUGUAAAUUUAAGCCUCUGCAUUGUUUACAUCUUUCUUAAUUCAUUGUCUUUUAAAUGGUUGUAUUUUUAAAUGAUGGGAGGUUGUUCUCUUUUUUUUGGUCUCCAAUUAAAAAAGAGCCAUUCUAGGCUUUCAAAGA